CGCUAGUAGCGGUGAAAUGGCGACGCAUAACACUUUCUCGUGUGAAUUUUUUGCCGAAAAUACGAUGAAUUAUGCCAUAUUAUAAAGAAAACAAACUUUCUAGCAAGGGUUUUGCUUAGAACGACCUCUUGCUGUUUUUAUUUUUGGUACAGAACGUUAUAAAAGGUGAUUUAUUUGCGAUAAUCUGUCGGCAUUUCGAUUUGGUGUGUGUGUGUCUCGUGUACGCUUUUUCGAAGAGAACCGCUGUUUGUAUUACAUAUUUCUCGUUGUUUUCAGUGAGUUGUGCGCGUAACAUAUUAUGUCUGUACAUUACAAGUUCAAAUCUGCACUGGAAUAUGAUACGGUUACUUUUGACGGUCUGCAUAUCUCUGUGAAGGACCUGAAAAAUGCCAUCAUCCAGCAAAAGCGGAUAGGGAAAAGUACAGAUUUCGAUUUGCAAGUUACGAACGCUCAGACUAAAGAAGUAUAUCAAGAUGAGAAUGUUCUCAUUCCAAAGAACACCUCCCUGCUCAUAGCUCGGAUACCAGUGAUUGCUCAAAAGCAGAAACAGUGGGAAGGGUAUAGUGGCGACAAUACCCCACCAGCUAAAUUGGAUGAAGGAGGACCCAUAACAAAAGCAACAGAUUUGUCCAGUCUAGAUGCUCCUGAAGAUGAUAAAAUCAAGGCUAUGAUGUCACAGUCCACUCAGGAUUAUGAUCCUAGCAAUUACCAGAAGAUAAGAGGUGCAAAUCAAAUGGGACCAGUGCCUCCUAAUUACAAGUGCUACAAGUGUCAUCAAGGAGGUCAUUGGAUUAAGGAUUGUACAUUUUCUCUAGGACCUGACCCGAUAGAAAUAAAGAAGAGUACUGGUAUUCCUAAAAGUUUCAUGGUACCUGUUGAUGGUCCCCAAGUACCAGGAGCAAUGAUGACGCCAAAUGGACAGUACGCUGUACCACUUCUAGAUCAUCAGGCUUAUAACCAAAUGGUUCCUCCGGCCCCAGCAGCUGAGCCAAAACCGGAAAUUCCAGAAGACUUAAUCUGCAGCAUUUGCAAUGAUCUGUUGACGGAUGCUGUGAUGAUUCCAUGCUGCGGCAACAGCUUUUGUGAUGAGUGUAUCAGAAGUGUGCUUUUGGAAAGUGAGGACCAUGAAUGUCCUGAUUGUCAUGAGAAGGAUAUUUCACCCGACACACUCAUUCCUAAUAGGUUUAUAAGGACAUCAGUAGGCAAGUUCAAAAACACAACUGGAUAUGUAAAAAAACCUAUUGAUAGGCCUUCUAGGUAUACUGCAAUUCCUCAGAAAAGUCCACCUCAAGUGCCAGAAUCGACAGAAAAGCUACCAGCAGAGCAUGGAACAGUUAUUUCUGAAGCUGAUUCUACAGAACACACUAAGAAUAAUCAGGAUGCUGACAAAGAUGAGGGACGCAAAUUUAUCUCUGAGGAGGGUCCACCCGGUGUGUCGCCUAGAAACUCGCCUAAAGAGAAAACACGAAGGCUGACUCCACCUAGGGAACAUAGAGAAAGGUCUAGUAAGCAUAAAUACAGGGAUAAAGAUCGAGAAGAUUCGCCGAGAAGAAGUUCAAGGUCGAAUAGGUCACCAACUUACAAGGAGCCACGUGAAGGGAGAUCUCUUACACCAACUGUGGACGAGCCGUCUAGGUCACACUUUGCUAGGUCUGCAGAAUAUAAUAGUUCAGCUCCACCUCCCGGCACUAUACCUCCUGUCAUAGGCGGAGUUGCUUCACAGUUGCAGACCAUUCCGACGACGUACUCUAGUCCAGGCGGCCUGCCGCCUCCGAUGAACAGUUACCCGCCCACGCAGGGUCCGCCGCAGCCCAAUUUCAGGUUACCGCCCCCCGGCGUUGCCGCACCGCCGCCUUAUAUGCCUCCAGGACCGUUUCCGAUGCAACCGAGGCCAAUGUUCGAUGCGAGUAGACCUCCGAUGGGUGGUCCUCCUCAGUUCAAUCCCACUUAUCCUCCGGGAUCAAGGAGGGACUAUGGACGAGGUCGCAGAGACAGGACGCCACCAGGAUUGAUAGACGAUCCCCUGGCAGCGUUCAAUCGUAUGCUGCGCGAGAAGGACGAGCAGAAACGCAGGCAGUUUCGCAGGAUGAGACGCAGUUUUAGCAGGAGUCGGAGUCGUAGCGGUAGCAGAUCGCCGCCCCCUAUAAGGCGGAGGCAGAGAUCAAGGUCGCCGAUAGGCGGGAACAGGGGCCCGCCGAGGAGAGGGAGCAGGUCCAGAUCGAGGUCUAGGUCGUUCUCGUUGAGCAGGUCCCGUAGCGGGUCGUUCACCGGCAGCCGUAGAGGCAGCCCGCCGCCUCCUUACAGAUCGCCCCCGAGAAGGGGAUCGCCACCGCCGCCAAGGAAAGCGUCUAGGUACCGAUCGCCGUCGCCUGGGGGCAGGCGCUCCAGAUCUCCGCCUCCAAGAUCCCGCAGCAGAUCGUUCUCCGGAAGUCGUAGGGGCAGUCCGCCGCCUCCUUACAGGUCGCCCGUGAGAAGGGGUUCUCCACCCCCGCCGUCUCGAAAAGCGCCUAGGUAUCGAUCGCCGUCCCCAGCUUCUGGGGGCAGACGCUCCAGAUCCCCGCCGCCAAGAUCCCGUUACACGGGUCGAGACCGAGAGCGCUCGUUCGAGGACGAUCGCGAAUACCGAGGCCCCAGAGGAGGCUCGCAUCGAGAGAGAGACGUACGAUCGCGCGACAGAGACAGGGACAGAGAUCGGUACUUCGACGGGGGUAGGGGAGCGCCCCAAGGACCGCCCCCGAGCCAGCAAUGGUCGAACCCGCCUCAUCCGGAUUACUACGGGGCGGUGCAGACUGGCGGGCAACAGGUGCCGCCUCCGGGGUAUCAACCAAACAGGUAUGGCCAAGUUCCUCACGGGAGAGACUUUCCUCCAACGUCUUACAACCAGCCGUUCCCGCAAACGAUCCACAGCAUCCAACCAUCUCAAAGGCAGCAAUACCAAGACAUCCGACCGCCAGGCGUAGACGACGAAAUUGCACCUCCAGGUGUCGAUGAGCCUCCACCGCGCGUUGGAACUCCUAAAAGGGAAGAAAAAGAAAGGGAAGAUAAACACGUAGACAGAAAAGACAGAGAAAGGGAUAGGGAAAGAGACAAGGAUAGAGACAGGGAUAGAAAACGAAGACGAGAUAAGAGAAGUCGAACCCCUGAUAGAGCUAGAAAUCCUAGCCCGAAAAGAAAAUCGAAAUCUAGAGAGAGAGACUCGCCAGACAAACGAGAAAGGAGAAAAAGAAGAGACUCCUCAGAAGAGAAAGACGAUGAAAAGAAACGCAGUAAAGAUAAAAAGAAACAUCACAAGGAAAAGAAAGAUACUGACAGGAAGAAGAAGAAAGAAAAGAAAGACAAGCACAAGAAAGAUAAAGAUGCUAAGGACAAGAAGUCUAGGGACGAGAAAAAGACAACUAAAAAGGAAGGUGAAAGCAAAGAGGAAAUCGAGGAUGAAAAAGUUGAACCUGAUAAGGUUGAAAAGAAGGAAUCCAAGACAGAAGAAAAGAAAGCAGAAGCAAAGGUUAAAGAUCCCUCCCCUAAAGCAGAAACGCCUGAGAAGAUUGCUGAAUCAAAACCGAAAAAAGACAUACAAUCUGUUAAAAACGAACCGAAACCAACUAUACGGCAAGGUUCCGACGUCAAACAAGACUUAUAUGACGACAUCGCGGACCAGGCAGAUGUCAAAGUCGUCGAAGGUUACGGCAAGCUAGACGAAGAUACAUCCUUCGAAGACAUAGUCGAAAAAGAAACGAUGGGCAUGGAAGAACCGAUGGAAGAAGGCGAGAUCAAGGAUCUCGACGAGGAGGAAAAGGAUAUCUUGGAGUUGCACACCACAGACAUGGAUUUGAAGACGGAGCUGGAUAAAAGCGACAUCCUGGCUCCGGUGCCGGAGAGAUCGAAAUGGGAAGUGGACGACGACGGGCUGUUGAGUCCGAAAGAAAGCAACGUGUCGGAUACGAAGAGCGACAAGUCCGGAAAGGUGACGAACGAGGUGCUGAAGCGCGCCGAGAACGCCAUCUUCGCGAAAGCGAUCAACGCGAUUCGGCCGAUCGAGAUCAAGAAAAUCGGGGCGGACAGGGUCAAGCUCUAUUCGGGAGAUGUUGACAAAGAAGAGGUGAUUCUUAUAUCGAGCACGGUGGAAGUGAAAAAAGAACAACCCCCAGCGAGACUCCCAGUGAAAGAGAGGUUAGGCAUAAAGGUGGACGAUUCAGAGAAAGUUAUCAAUCUGACAGGAAGAAAUAGAGCAGGGACUAUUUCGCCGUUCAGUAGACGAGGGGAGAGCGGAAGAAACUACGCGAUGGGCGAGAGAAGGGAACAUGACGACCACAGAAGAGGUAGGCGAUCACGAUCAAGGAGAAGGGAUGAUUCCAGAGAUGUCCACAGAAGAUUGGAAAUCAGACACCACGGCAGGCACGAGCCGAAAGGAACAGAGAAGAGGAAGGAUAGGAAGGACGAAAGGAAACAAGACGAUAAGAAGAAAAAGAAGCGGUCGAGAUCGCCUAGCGAGGGCGACGACAAGAGACACAAGAAAAAAGACAAGAAGGUGAAGAAAGAGAAAACGAAAAAGGGCAAAGACGAAGAAGACCAGAUCGAGAAAGAAGCUAAAGAUGAGCCGAAACCGUCGACGACGACGAAACGCAAACCGACCAUAGACGAAGCGAAUUUCGAACCGGAUUACGACGAGUCGCAGUCUGAAGGCGAGCUGAAAAAGAGUUCCAGUUCGAGUUCAGAUUCGGACUCCAGUUCGGAGGAAGAAAGGAAAAAGAAGAAGCACAAGAAGAGGAAGAAGAGAAAGAAGAAAGAGAGCAGCAGUAGCAGCAGCAGUUCGGACUCCGAGUCCGAUUCUAGUGACAGCGACAGAAAGAAGAGGAAAAAACAUAAGAAGAACAAGAAGAAAAAGAAAAAGACCAAGCAUAAGUGAUUGGUUGAUGUCGCGUGUAUCCCGCGAUUCCGGAUUUAUUGGGACUGAUAUAGCAUACCUGUUUUCCUGUAUAUAGCUUGGUGUUUGCUGUAUAAUUAACAUAAAAUAAAAGUGAACAAAUAUU